AUGGAAAGGCCUUUACUUUCUCCGUUUAGCCCUAAUCUUCCAUAUUCUGCAAAAGAACGAUGGGUUUGCGUUUAUCCUGCGUAUCUAAAUAAUCGUCGUACAAGAGCUCAAGGGAGGAAAUUGUCUGUGGAACACUGUGUUGAUAAUCCCAAGCACUCAGAAGUAACAAUGAUUUUGGGGAAGCUCUCUCUCGACUAUCUGUUGGAGACAAAGGUUCAUCCCAAGGAAAGGGAUGCUUUUGAACCUAUGAACAAAUGGCGUGUCCGCGUCCAUUUGAAAAAUGAUGAUGGCAGUCCCGUAAAUAAACAAUUUCCAAAUCGUCAAUCCCUUUUAUCAUAUUUGGGGGAGGCUCUUCCUGUGGUGCGGUCAAGAAGACCAGCUACAUCUAGUUCUAGUACUACGGAACAAACUUUCCAAGGAAAGAAAAACAAGCGAAAAAGGAAGUGA